AAAACCGAAUCAAAACACUCGGCAAGCACACGCGGAUUUCAUAUCCGAUCGUCGAAUCUGUGGCAAGAAACGAUGGCCGCACGAAUCGUUCAAUCGUUUCCCAGCGAUACACGAUUCCUGUUCAGAACUGUUGCCCUACAGUGCUUCACCCGCAAUGGUCAUCGGUUACGCGGAAAGCCGCCCGGAGUUGCUAAAACUCUCGAACAACGACUGUCAGAGGAACGUGCAAUCGAUCCAGAGAUUGCCCAAAAGAUCAACAUAGGAUUCCCCCAUCUGAAACCGGCUCGGUCUGCACAGCUGAAGGAACGAUUGGCCCAUCUGAAAGCGCAACGAGCAAAUCCGGAGCUGGAAAAGGCAUCCCGCGCUCGAACCUUGACCAUCGAUCCAGAACUUGUCAAACGGGACUGGCUUAAAACCAGCGGACCCUUUCAUGUGCGACGCGUGGCCGAGCACUACGGUAUUUUCGAGCAUCUCUUCGGGGCAGCGUAUUUCGUUCCGAGAAUUAAUUUGAAGAUUGCCUUUCAAAACGGAGAUUCGGCCAGUCCGGUGUACUAUGGGAACGUUGUUAAACCGGCGGAGGCAAACCGCCAACCGGAGGUGCACUUUGAUCACACAUUCGAUUUUAAAGAUCGACUCGGAACGGGUGCUGAAAGUAGCGGUACGUCCUUGUGGACGCUAGUUUUGACCAAUCCGGAUGGGCACUUUAGUGAGAAUGAUAAAGAAUAUUGUCACUGGUUUGUAGCCAACAUUCCGAACGGUGAUGUUGCUAAGGGGGACAAAAUUGUUUCGUAUCUGCAACCGAUUCCUCCGAAGGGGACCGGUUACCAUCGGCAUGUAUUUGUACUUUACAAGCAGGAAAAGCAGCUGGACAUGAAUGAGUAUAAAAUCGACGAAGUUGAUGUGGAUUUGGCGGCCAGAACGUUUAAAACAUUCGACUUUUAUCGGAAAUACCAGGAUGACAUAACGCCCGCAGGGUUGGCAUUUUUCCAAUCGGACUGGGAUGCGAGUCUUAUCGAGUUCUAUCACAACGUGUUAAAAAUGAAACACCCGGUCUACGAGUACGACUUUCCAACGCCGUACCUCCGCGACCAGGAAUGGUUCCCCCAGCGCAAACCGUUCAACCUGUACAUGGAUAAGUACCGUGAUCCGAAGCAAAUUAACAAGGAAUAUUUGGCACGAAAGUUGGCCCGAACUCAUCCCUUCGAGGGUCCGGAGGAGCCGCUGCGAUUCCCAAAUGCGCAUCCGAUACGGGACGUACCGUCCUGGCUUCGAACGGAAAUCAAGCGUGAUCGGAGAGGAGGGGGCAGAAUCAAUGAUAUCUAGUCCGAAUGGUAGUUUGCUGUAGCGUAGAUCGGUGAAAUAAAACAGGAAGAAAAUUAGUGGUAA